AGAAUACUAAAGCAUGUAUUAUUUGAGGUGAUAACCGUCUGUGAAAUUGUUUACGCUUUUGAGGGAAAUUUUGAAAAUGCGGUGUUGCCAAGUUCAAAGGAAGAGGAUAGAACUGUCUGUAACUGGUUGCAUAUUGCUGGUGGUAUUAUCUGUCAUCAGUGGAACAGAUUCUUUAGAAUGUAACAGCUGCUCCAAAGUUGUUAGUUUGCAAGAAUGUAAAAAUGUAGAAACAUGCCAAGAGGGGCAGGUUUGCUUCAAAGAGCGAGCUGUUUCAAAACAAGUUCUGUUUAAUUUGGGCUGUACGGACAAAAAGACAUGUGGUGAAUUCGCAGAUUACCAAAAUAGCUCAGUCAAUGCAAAGAUGAGUGCCGAGCAGACACGAUAUUGCUAUGAAUGUUGUUCGAAAGACAGAUGCAACAAAGAUCUCUGUGAAUAUCCUCCACACUCGUUGUGUAAAGACGACGAAUCGAUUGACUGUGCUAAAUGGAAUUCUAUGUUUAGCAUAUGUAAGAUUACAAGUGAAGCAAAGAAAAUUUGCCCCAGAUAUUGUGACCUUUGUCAACUUGUGGAUGGAAGUUGGUCUCCUUGGUCCCCGUGGUCCUCUUGCGAUGUCACUUGUGGUGAAGGAUCACUAGAACGUCAUCGUACAUGCACAAAUCCAGCGCCACAAAAUGGUGGUCUUUAUUGUCAAGGAAAAGGGUCCGAAAGAAAGACUUGUAAACUGCAGUUAUGUCCAGUUCACGGUGGAUGGAGUUCAUGGAAUGAUUGGGGAAAGUGUUCAGGUACGUGCGGUGUUGGAAUGCGAAGUCGAACACGGUCUUGUACGAGUCCUACUCCAGAGCGUUUUGGAGAUCACUGUUUUGGUGACAGUACUGCAUAUGAAUUGUGCAAUGGUGAAUCUUGUGCAGUUAAUGGCGGAUGGAGUGACUGGUCAGACUGGGGACAAUGUUCAGUUUCUUGUGGUGUUGGACUUCAAAGUCGGACACGUUCUUGUACUAACCCAACACCAGAGAAUUCUGGUCAACUCUGCAUUGGGCAAAACAUAGAAAGCAAAGUAUGUCACUCAGAAUUCUGUUCUGAUUGCUUUGAUAUAAGAAGCAAUAGAGCAAGACAAAUAAGUGGUAUAUUUAAUGUGACAUUGUGGAAAACAAACCAAACAAUACCGGUGCUCUGUGAUUUUGAUACAGACGGUGGUGGAUGGACAGUUUUUCAGUAUCGAUUUAACGGAAGUGUAAAUUUUAAAAGAAACAUUUCGGACUACGAAAAUGGAUUUGGGUCUCCUAAUGGCGAAUUUUGGUUAGGUCUUAAGUAUAUCUUCGAGAUGGUAUCACAAGGAAAAACGGAGUUAAGACUGGACCUGAAAGCGGCUGACGGAACAUAUUUCCACGAAGUUUUCCAGAACUUUCAUCUUGGUAGCAGUCCAAAUUAUACACUUCACAUUGAUGAGAAAAGUGGUCAUUCAGGUCCAAAUGGCUUACCUGAUAAUAAUGGUGGACCUUUUUCAACAUACGAUUCUGAUAGAUUUAUCACUGGAAGAUAUGUCAACAUAAAAUUUCGUAGCGGUUGGUGGUAUUAAGGAGAUUCUAACUCAAAAUCCAAUCUUAACGGUGAAUAUGUUACUCCUGGCAAAAAACGAUAUAUCGAUUCUUCAACAAGUGCUGGCAUGAUUUACACCUCAUUUAGAAGCAGAGAAUCCCUUAAAAUGUCUAGAAUGAUGUUUCGACGAAUGUGAAGUACAAUCAAAUUUUAAAUAGAAGCAUAUUUUAGUAUAACAUAGCGUGAAUGUAUUGCUGACAUAAAUAUAUCAAACAAAUGACACUAAGUCGUACAAUGCAAAUAUAACAAUUCGUUUUUAUCUAUAAUUGCAUUAAUCAUCAUGUAUGAAACAGCACGUUUUCAAUGUUUGGUUUCAAGACACGUCAUGAUACUUCCUCAUAAUAUGGCAAGUUUAGAAGGUUUCCUGCGGUAAUUUAAAGAUACAAAUUUGUAUUUCAUUUAACUGUUCAUAAUUCUUUGGGGGAAAACAACAUCGAAAAUAUCGAGAAGAUAGUAUCAGUAGAAGGUCUCACCCCAGUGAAUUUUCGUACUCUUUGUUCUAUAGUUAAUCAGUCACAUUUGAGGCUUAAGUCUGGAUUCCUCUGUUCUUGGGUGAAUUAUAUACUGUCUUCAACUUUAAACAUCAACACUAUCUAAGUCAAAUGAGGCCCGGAAUAUUAUAUGGUAGCCACUACUUUUUUCAGAAAUCUUUAUUCUAUUGUAACACGGUUUUAUUUUACCGCUUUAAAAACUCCUUGCUGCAGGAUGGUAGGACAUCCUUAAUCCUUCCGCUAACAAAUGAGUUCCUGCAGAAUAUACAAAAACAACUUUUCUUAAGUCAUAAUAUAGCACAAAAAAAACUACACCAAUGCAAAAAAUGCACUUUAAGUGUGACCAUUCAAACUGAAGAUGACUUAAACCGGGCGUCUUCAAAAUAAAAAAGGAAUUUCUUUCUGGACAACAGCGGGUUGGGUCUAAUUCCGUACCGGGUUGAGAUCAGAAGAAAGUCUUAUUAGACCGGUGACCGUCGCAGACUGGAAAGAGUCGAUUAACAGGACACCCGUCUGUAUCAUCUAGGCGUUUGAGCUUCCUCUUGCAAACGGUUUGAUGAUGCAGACUACAACACUAUUUUCAUAUUUACAUUUAAAGGGACACAAAGGCAAAAUAUUCAUUUGUUCAUUUUGAUUUUUACAUUAAUUGUUCUGUUAAUUUCCUCAAAAUGAAUACGCUAGACAGUCACAAGAACAAAACUUUUAUCCUUAUAAAGUAUAAAAUUGUUUCCUAACUUGACCCGUCAGGUUAGAGCGUUAAGAUUUCACAAAAGUUGUCACAGUGAUCUCUGAAAACGUUAAAGAACAUGCCAAAUGAACGAUUUAGACUUGUUUCAAUCAUACAAUAUCCCAAAUAUAUGUUAUUGUAACUUCCAGGGUUUGUUCAAGUCACAUGACUUGUUUUAAAAGUUACUCCAUGAUUCUGUUGGCGUCUAAAUUUAGUUCAAAAUAUAUACAUAUAUAUUACGCUUCAAACCCAAAAUAUAUAAAAAUGUAUACAGAAAUUCAUGCUGGGACUUUAAAAAUGUAAUUUUAUUGCGAUUUGAGUACAUAAGAUCAUUUUAAUAUUUUGUCAUCAAUUUGCCUGAGUUUCCCUUUAAUACUUUUUGUUUUUUAACUACACUUAAAAUAGUCUUUCAUAUACUCAUUGAAACAAUCAUAUGUGCAUAAAGUAUAGAUUUUAUUAAUUUACUUAAAACAAAUUAACAAUCAAGUGCGGUUUACAGAUCACGUGCUCCUCCAUUUACUGGCAACAGGUCACGUGUUCUUCUAUGCGGAAUACCAAGACCCUGCGGUCUCAAGCCUGCAGGGUGUAACAAAAGAUGUCUUAAAGUGUUCUUUAAAGUCAAAAGGUUUUACAUAUUUUCAAAACUAAUCAAAACUGUUGAAUAUUAUUACAUACAUAAACGGAACUUAAGUCCAUAUGUAUACCAUUUAGAGUAUAUGUUUUCUUUGUUAUGUGCAUGUUGCAAUAUGAUAAAAAAAGCCUACGCGCAUAAAUUUUGAAAUUCACGCAGAGAUCAAGUGAAGUACCAAAAAUGAAAAAAACAAACUGCAAAAGAUUAAAAAGAAAUAUAUCUAGAAUUGAAUUAAGUGCUCAAUAAAAAAUGAAUAAUUUGGAAAAUCAGGGGGGGGGGAUUAUCUGAAAAUUCGCACAAAGGUUAUUGGUCUCCGCCACAUCAAACCUUUGAAAAAUAUUUGGAGUCCUGUCAUGUUAAAAAAAACUCAAUGGAGUCCUUUUAUAUGUUAUUGUUAUGUUAUUAGAACAUGUUUUCAAAGUUGCUAAUUAUCCGGUAGAUUAUAUAUCCGGUUCCAUUUUGAUAUUAUACACGGCGAAAGAUUAUAAAAAUAUAAUCUGAUUAUUUCUUUGUAUUUCCAUUUCUUCAAUUUGAAUGGAAUUUCUUUUUGUUAAUGCAUACACACCUCCAUAAAACUAUAUGUAAAGUCUGAUUUUUUAAUUUUCUUGCAACUGAUUCAGUCAAUUUAUUCGUGCAUGGUGCUCAAACAAAUUCCUCAUAUGAAUUAGUUUGGACCAAUUUUGUAGGAACUUCAAAAAGCGUCAAUAGACACCGAGCAAAGUGUAUUAGUUGUUGCUCUUUAUUAAAACAAUCGGUAUACAUAGAUAUACAUAAAAAUUACGAUCUGGACUGGUCCAGUUUUCAUCAUAUUUAAUCAUGCACUUUACCCAAAACUCACGUAGCUCUCCAACAGAAAUAUUCUUCUGCUUUUUUAAGUAGGCUUAACAAACAAUUUUGAGUUCAAGAAAGUGUUCACAACAUUUGCUAGAAAUUUCAUGCUUACCCUAAACGAGACCAUUACCCAGUUUGUGCAAAAAUACAUGCUAGUAUACAGCUAACUUUUUUUGAAAGUAUCAACAUUGUAUAUAGUUCUAAUAAAUUGGUGACAUGUCAAACUAAUAAUAUAUGUAAGUUGCAUAGCUUUGACAAUGUAUAUAUUCAUUCAUAAUACUCCUUGUAUUGUUUUGUAUUGUACUUAAAAUUAGAAAUGAAAAAAUCUAACCUUUAUUAUUGUUCGUUAUUUCUGCAGAGCAGUAAAGACAUUUUAACAAAAUCUCAGACUCGCUUUUAUUGAGUCCGUAAAUAAGGCAAUUACUCUAUAAUGUACCAAACAAAUUAUCCCAAAGGAAUUCAAUGGGAUUUAGAUAGGCCAGACAUUAAUGAAUGCAGUGUUCCUAGCUGUAUGGUGUGUGGCAUUAUCAUGUUUAAAUAGGUAAUAUUGGCAAUAAUUGAUACAAUGGAGUAACAUAACUCGCAACAAAUUCAUUUCGGUAGCGAUGGGCGCAUCC